AUACAAGAGAGGAAAAGAGCUAAUAAUAGGAGGGGAAAGAGAGCCAGUAACUUCAUCGCCAUUGAGCAACUAAAAUUAGAAAGUUGUUCGUGUAUUUGCUUUCCUUUCAACUCUCUCUCUCUUUCUCUAUAUAUGGGUUCAACCCAAAUUUCCUUCCAACAGAAUUCAUCAAAAGAAGAUGCAUAUUUGAAAGCAUAAAAAAGAAAUAUAAUAAAAUAAAGAAAAAGGAGAAUGGCUAUACAAAUGAAUAUUGCAAUUACAGCAUUGCUACUUUUGUUUACUUCAAUCCCUAUACUUGAAUGUACUGAUAUUGAUGUGGUUGCCAACUUUGGGGCAGUAGCCGAUGGACAAACGGACUUGAGCCAACCCUUGAUGAAUGCUUGGAAAGAAGCCUGUGCAUCGCCAGAAGCCGUUAAUAUUGUGAUUCCCGAAGGGACCUACUUAUUAAGUGAAGCCACCUUGAAUGGCCCUUGCCAAGCUCCUAUCUCGCUUCAGCUUCAGGGCACCCUCAUGGCUCCUGAAGAUCCUACUGUUUUUAAGGAAGCAACUUGGGUUUCCAUCUCCUAUGUCGAUGGCCUAACAAUGUUCGGCGGUGGGGUUUUCGAUGGCCAAGGAGCCAGUGCUUGGGGCCAAAACGACUGCGCUAAGAACAAAAACUGCGUAAAACUUCCCAUUAAUAUUAGAUUUCAUGUUGUCAAGAAUUCACUCAUACAAGACAUAACCACCAAAGACAGCAAGCAAUUCCACGUUAAUGUUCUAGGAUGCUCUAACAUUACGUUUCAAAGUUUCACCGUCUCUGCACCCGAAGAAAGCCUAAACACGGACGGAAUUCACAUCGGACGAUCAGAUGGGGUUUACAUUCUCGACUCAAAGAUUGGAACUGGUGAUGACUGUGUCUCCCUGGGUGAUGGUAGCAACAAUGUGAAAGUCCAGGGAGUAACUUGUGGACCUGGUCAUGGCAUCAGUAUAGGAAGUCUCGGAAAAUACAAAAACGAAGAACCGAUAUUAGGAGUUUUUGUCACGCAAUGCACCUUCGCUAAUACUAUGAAUGGUGUGAGGAUCAAAACUUGGCCGGCCUCUCAACCUGGCUCAGCAACGGAUAUACAUUUCGAGGAUAUAACCAUGGAUAACGUCGGAAAUCCUAUCCUGGUUGAUCAAGAAUAUUGCCCAUGGAACCAAUGCGAUCUAUCGGUUCCAUCGCGUGUUCAACUCAGCAAACUUAGCUUCAAGAAUAUUCGAGGCACUUCUAAAACUCAGAUUGCCGUGAAGCUUAUUUGCAGCAGCGGUUUGCCAUGUGAUGAAGUGGAGUUGGCCGACAUCGACCUUACUUACAAUGGACCCGAAGGACCUGCGAUAUCUCAAUGUUCAAACGUGCAUCCCGCACUUUCCGGUGUGCAGAACCCAGCUGCAUGUUCAAGCGAACCUACCGGAGAAGCUGCUCCUUAAUCAGUUAGCCAAAAACCAGGAGUCUAGAUAUUAAAUAACUUUGGAAACAUUUUAUAGGGUUUGUAAACAAAUGAAAAUUUGCACGUAAAGAGCUCAAACUGGAACUGUAUUAGCAAUGGAGUAACCUGUUUUCAUUACUUGAAUUGAAA